AUGGCAGCCGCCAGCUCUCCAGGUCCACCAGGUCCCGGGAGUCUGAGCUUGCCCGGCGGGACGCCCCGGGAGAAUGACAGGGUUUCCCCGGAACCCUUGGCACGCCGGCCGGGCCCCAGCGCGGGCUCGGCUUCGGGUCCUGUCACGCCAGCGCCUGGCAGCCCGUGGCAGUACCAGCUCAACCCCCGCAUCCGCGGCCGUGGUGUUGAGAGUCCCAGCCCUGCGGGUGUGCGGGCGCUCAGCGGCACCCGAACUGUUGUGAAUGCCGCGGCGCGGGCCUCCUACGAGAGUGCUGUCUUGGCAGCCGUGCGCAGACAGAUAGAAGCCUUCGAAGAGAAGGUGGAAAAACAAAUCAGCAAAUUGCAAGUUCAAGGAGACAAAGGCAAGGAUGCAAGCCUAACUCGGCUAGAGGAGAAGGUCUCCGCAGCGGAGGGUCUCCAGCCCCGGGUUGAGAGGAGGCUUGCCGAGCUCAGUGGCAACUUCAAAGGGUUGUCAGACGAGAUGCAGGCCCAGAUCCGUCGCGUGGACCUGCUCGACGAUCGGCGGUGGGAGUGGAGGCAUCAGGUGGAGGAGGAGAUGCAGAAGAAGUGCCAAGGCUACGAGCAGCAGGUGCAGGCCAUGGCUUCAAAGCUCCGCGGCCAGCUGGCGCUGGAGGACUACAGAAGGGCCUUCUUUCCUGAAUAA